AUGCCUUCCAAAUCUGUCGCAACCAAGCCGCCUGCUUCUGCCUCUGAGGACGAGAUCGGCGCUUCCGACCACGAAAACUCGCGACCUGUUCACCCCAAAAUCAACCGCACUGUUGUCAAGAAACCAGUCAAGAAGGCCACUGCCGCUGCGACCAAAAAGACAACCACCAAGACCAAAGUCGCCAAAGAGCCCGUCGACCCACCGGAAGCUAGUGACGUCGAUGAGAACGAACCCGCCAUGGAGCCCACACCGAAGCCCAAGCAGAGGAAGCGAGUCUUGAAGAAGGACCUUGUCGCAAAGAAUCUCGCGCCCGCACCUGAGCCCGAGCCUGUGCCUGAACCAGAGGCUGAGCCUGCACCUGUACCUGCGAAGAAAGCGACCAAGUCUACCAAAGUCAAAGCAACAGAAGCCCAACCUGAUAAAGAGAAGCCUGUCGCAAAACCAAAGACCAAGACCAAGCGCGCUCCUUCUCCUGAGCCUGCGCCAGUCAUCCCAGAGACACAACCAGAACCUACCGAGAUCGACCAAACUAUUGUGGAACAAGAGCCUCCAGCCGAUCUUAUGGACAUUGACAGAGAGCCCUCACCUCCACCUCCUCCACCAAAGGCCCGUUCGCGACAACGCUCGGCUUCGAUACAACGGCAAGCUGCUCCCGGUGCCAUCUACUCUCGCGCUCGUUCGACCUCAAGGCAACCAGGCGCGUAUUCACGAGGUCACAGCGCUAGCGAUACAGAAAGAAGAGUUGCAGAGUCAGAAGCAAACCGUAGACUGGCAGACAUGACAAAGAAAUACGAGGAAAUGCGCAUGAAGUACGACUCUGUUAUCGAGUUGGGUCCAAAGGCUGCAGAGGCAAAUUUCGAGCGCUUGAAGAAGGCUACAGACCAGAAAGCAAAAGAUGCAAACGACCUGAUUGCAUCGCUCAAGAAAGAACUCGCCGAAAUCCGCAAGACCUCCUCAGCAACCAUCACCGACUCGGCAAAACUUCAAUCCCAAAUCGCAGUCCUAUCGGCAGAGAACGAGAAACUCAAAGAAGAGCACAAAGCCGCCGUCACAAGCCUUACAGAGUCACAGAAUGAGUCCAAGGCCUUGACUGCAAAACUCGAAGCCGCGAGAAAGACAAAUGCAGCAACAGAUAAAGUGCCAGGAUCAGCCGUCAAGAAGCUUGAACACGGAAAGAGUCAUGGCGCGAGUGCCGAGAGUGUCAAGGAGAACGCUUUGAAAGAGGAGUUGUACCGUGACUUGACUGGUUUGAUCAUCACAAGCGUGAAACGCAAGGAUGCUCUACACUUCCACCUCACCAUAGCCACCGAUACCGCCAUCACAAACCCGAAAACACCCUCAGGCUUGAGCUACGAAGAUACCGAAUUCGCAUACGAACCCCUUCUCGAUGCCAACAGAGAUGGCGAUCUGAUGGACAUAUUGCCUGAUUAUCUCACCGAAGAAAUUUGCUUCCCGAGGAAUCACGCAGUCAAGUUUUAUACAAAGGUUGUCGAGAGUAUGACCAAGAGAGUUGUUGUUGAUGAGGAUUGA